AUGAAGCCUUAUUUUUCAUAUUCAUUCAUUUUACUUAAUAUUACAUUUACAUUUGUCCAUAGUAGUGAUAAAACGAAUGAACUUUAUCAUUAUUUAAUGAACAAUUAUAAUAAAAAUGUUCGUCCAGUAAGAAAUAAUUCUGAUAUUGUUACCGUCAAACUUGGUCUCAAACUUAUACAAAUAGCUGAUGUUGACGAAAAAAAUCAAAUAAUGCAAACACAUGUCUAUGUACUUCAUGAAUGGCAAGAUUUUAGUUUUAUAUGGUCACCAGAAGAUUUUGGUGGUGUAGAAUAUAUUCAAAUGCCCAGUGAUUUAAUAUGGAAACCUGAUCUUGUUCUUUAUAAUAAUGCUGAUGGUGAUUAUCAAAUAACUACAAGAUCCAAAGCACAAAUUCGAUAUGAUGGAACUGUUAAAUGGAAUCCUCCAAUGAUCUAUAAAUCUUAUUGUUCUAUUGAUAUUGAAUUUUAUCCAUUUGAUAUACAAAAUUGUACACUGAAAUUUGGUACAUGGACAUAUCAUGGUUUACUUGUUAAUUUACAAUUUUUAACAAAUAAUGAAUCUUCUGUUCUUGAACGUGGUUGGGAUCUUGAAGAUUAUACUCCAUCCAUUGAAUGGGAAAUCACAAAUCUUCGAGCUAUUCGACAUGAAAUAGUAUAUGCAUGUUGUGUUGAAGUUUAUCUUGAUUUAACAUUUACAUGUAUUGUCCAACGAAAACCAUUAUUUUAUAUAGUUAAUUUAAUCAUACCAUGUUUUAAUAUAUCUGUUCUUGCUGUACUUGUUUUUCUUUUACCAUCUGAUAGUAAAAAAAAAAUUACAUUAUCAAUAUCAAUUCUUGUUGCUCUACUUGUGUUUUAUUUAUUACUUAUUGAACUUAUUCCACCGACAUCAGUUGUUAUCCCAUUACUUGGUAAAUAUUUAUUAUUUACACUUGUUAUUGUUAAUUUAUCAAUUAUAAUAACAAUAAUAACGCUUAAUAUACAUUUUCGUCGUUAUCCAACAACACAUAUGUCACCAUUUAUAAGAAAUAUUCUUUUAAUUUAUUUACCAAAAUUAUUAUUUAUGGAACGACCACCUAUGCCACCACGAUAUGUAUAUGUUCGAGCAAAAGCAUAUGAAAAUAAUAUUGAAAAUAAAUCUUUAACAUUUCCAUGGAAAGAUGAACAACGAAGAUCUAUUGCUCGAAAAACAGCUGAUCAUAUUGCAUAUAUUGCUGAACAAAUUGAAAAUGCUCAAAAUGAAAAAGAAAUUGUUGAAGAAUGGCGUUUUAUUGCUUUAAUUCUUGAUCGUCUAUUUUUAAUAAUAUUCGUAUCUGUUAGUCUAAUUGGUACAUUUUUAUCAUUACGAACAGCUCCAUCAUCACAUAAAGCUACUCCUGUUGAUCCACUUUGUUAUUUAUAUUAUCCACCUAUUAAUGAUUCACAAUGGAUAAAAAAAUGUGGUACUGAUCAUUUAAAUAAUAUGUCAAAUCGAAAUUUAGUUUCAAAUAUUCCUUAA